UUCAGUUAUAACAAAAAUCCGCUAAGAAAUAGUAAAAUCCUCUAGCAAAUAAAAAUAGACAACUAUAUAGAUAAGAAAAGUUCUUCUAAUCUUAGAAAAAUCUCGCAUACAUCAGUAAAAUCCAUAAGGAACAUCCUUUAGUUAUAAGAAAAAUCCGCUAAGAAAUAGAAAAAUCCUGAUAAAGAUAAAAAUGGGUACCUAUCAUAAAGCGACGAAUACAGUAUUUGAUUUAAUAGAGAUACAGAACGCGUACUUUUUGAUAAGUUACUAAGAUCCUUCUAUUUGCUGAAGGACAUUUGGUAAAAUGGACAUUUUAUGGAUGUUUGACAGCCCUCAAUGGGUCAUAGUUAAAAGAAUAUAAUCGAAGUUUUAGAAAUUCAGCAGAACUGUAUUUCUCUAUAUUAUAAAAUGACACAUGAGAAAUUCCACUGAAACUACUAUUUAAUCCUGGUAUAUAAAUAUAUUCUUCUGAAUAUAAAGUUUCUCUUUCGAAAUAAAUUAAACUUAUCUCCUAGGUGCAACAACGGAUUCCACUUCGACAUUAUCUUCAUUAUUCGAUGCUAUAAAACGUCAAUUAUGGACAGAUUUUAUUGAUAAUUCAUUGUUACCAUAUUAUUCCAUAAUUCCAUCAGUAUUAUCAACAUCAGUUGUUAAUCAUUUAUCUACUUCAUCAAUUCAAACAUCAACAUGGCUUAUUCAAUCAUUAUUUGAUACAUAUUUAACAAGUGAAUUUCUUAAUUCUGAACAAUCACGUGCAUUAUAUAUUUGUUCAAAAUAUGUUCCAUUAAAUUUCAUAAUUAUUCGUUUAUUAACAAAUACAAAUACAUCUGAUGGAAUUUAUGAAACAGGUCGUGCACUUUAUUUUAUAUUUGGUUUAAUUUUAUGUCGAAGACGUUCCUCAACACGUUGUUUAUUAGAACAAGCUUUACCUUAUUUAUUUAAUUUAAAAUCUAAUGAAUUUAUGCUUGAACCAAAUGUUUAUAGUACAAGUUUAAUUAUGAUUAUACUUUUGACACUUGAAUUCAAUCAAAAUAAUGAUCAAUUAGAAGAUUUAUUUCAUGUUAAAUCAUGGAAAGAAUUCAAUUCAAUCAAUAAAAUUAUACUAAAAUAUGAAGAUACAAGUGUUACUGAUGCUUAUCAUUCAUUAUUGAAUCAAACAUCUGAAGAACUUUUUUCAAAUGAAACACUUAAACCUGUGAAUUAUUUUUUUGGUUGGUUUCAAACAAUUCUUUGGAUGUUCAGUCGACAAGUUAAAUUAUUAAAACCAUUUGUUAAACCAAAAUUAAUUACUCAAUUAUCGGAAUAUUUACCAUUACAAUUUCCAAUUGAAAAAGUUCUUAGUAUAUUAGAAUUAUCAAAUAAUAUGGAACUUGAAUAUGCUUCAAUGGUAAUAACACGUGAUUUUAAUCGUUUACAAACAUUACAUAGACGAACAACGACAACAUUUAUACAUAACGAACAGAUUGUGAUAAAUGAUAUAGAUUUAAUAAUUACAGCAGCAAAAAAUAUAACAAAAAAUAUUUAUUCAAUACCAACAGAUCUUUAA